UUUGUUUGGCACGUUCUAAUGUGAGGUGGAUUCUCUCUCUCUAAAAUAUGGUCUGGGUAAUGAAUCUUUCAACCCAGCUCUUCUGCCAUUAAAGAAAGAUCAGUUCUCGUGUAACUCCAACCCACCUUUCUUAUAAUAAAAAUAAAAUAAAAAAAUUAAGAAGAGAGAGACAGCUCUUUCAUAUGCCCUCAAUGAUUUGAUGAAUCCUUUUAUCAUUUCUCUCUCUACUUUUCAAGAGUUCAGAAAAAAUGAUCCAUGAUUUUUCGUGAGGUGAUGAUAGAUCGUGUGUAUUUGCAUUCAGCAAAAACGAGAGAAAGAAACGCAUAAACAGCUAGCUUUCCAGAGAAGAAAUCAAAAUACACACCAUUUUCAGCCUGCAACUUUUGAAGGAAAUGAAUGGUCUUUCGCAUCUUGAACCAGAUUAUUCAGAUUUCGUUGAAGUAGACCCUACAGGAAGAUAUGGCAGAUACGAUGAAAUCCUUGGCAAAGGAGCUUCAAAGAUAGUUUACAGAGCAUUUGACGAGUACGAAGGGAUUGAAGUAGCUUGGAAUCAGGUUAAGCUUUACGAUUUCCUACAAAGCCCUGAAGACCUUGAAAGGCUUUACUGUGAGAUUCAUCUUCUCAAAACACUGAAGCAUCCAAACAUAAUGAAAUUCUACACUUCCUGGGUUGAUACAGCUAACAGGAACAUCAAUUUCGUUACUGAGAUGUUCACUUCAGGAACCCUAAAACAGUAUAGACAAAAGCACAAGAGAGUUAAUAUAAGAGCGGUGAAGAAUUGGUGCAGGCAGAUCUUGAAUGGUCUUCUUUAUCUUCAUAUCCAUGAUCCUCCUGUAAUCCAUAGAGAUCUCAAGUGUGAUAAUAUCUUCAUCAAUGGCAACCAUGGAGAAGUCAAAAUUGGGGAUCUUGGACUCGCAGCAAUUCUCAGAAAAUCUCAUGCUGCUCAUUGUGUUGGGACACCGGAAUUCAUGGCUCCUGAAGUAUAUGCCGAAGAAUAUAACGAACUUGUCGACAUUUAUUCUUUCGGAAUGUGCAUUUUGGAGAUGGUGACAUUUGAAUAUCCUUAUAGUGAAUGCAAUCAUCCUGUUCAAAUCUACAAAAAAGUUGUAUCAGGUAAAAAGCCCGAUGCUUUGUAUAAGGUGAAGGAUCCGGAGGUUAGGGAAUUCGUGGAGAAAUGCCUAGCAACAGUGGCAUUGAGGAUGUCGGCUAGAGAGCUUCUAAACGACCCUUUUCUGCAAUCUGACGAUCCAGAGUCCAAUUUGAGUCAACUCAUCGUAACGGAUUAUUCGGAUUCUCUUUCGAGGCAACCGUAUCUAGAAUUGGAUUAUGAAGGUAAUACUUUUACCAAUCAUAGCUCUUUUAAUGGAUUAUCGAAUGAGUUUAUUUCCGAAGCACAAAAUGGAUGGGGUUUUAGCGAGAUCGAGCAAAGUGGGAUUGAUCUAUUUGAGCACAAUGAGGAGGAUGAACAUGACGAACACUCGGCUGAAGUUGACAUAAGCAUUAAAGGGAAGAGGACUGAAGAUGGAACUAUCUUCUUGAGACUCCGGAUUACAGACGAAGAAGGGCAUAUUCGUAAUAUUUAUUUCCCGUUUGACAUCGAAAUGGAUACGGCUUUGAGUGUAGCAACUGAAAUGGUUGCAGAAUUGGAUAUAAUGGACCAAGACGUGACUAAAAUAGCCGAUAUGAUAGAUGGGGAAAUAGCUUCUUUAGUACCCGAAUGGAAAUCCGGUUUAGGAAUUGAAGAAACUCCUCGGUUUUCAAACUUAAACUUUUGCGAGAACUGCGUGUCAAACCACACAUCUACGGGUUCCUUCUUGAACUUCCUCACGAACACUCCGGCCAACAAGAAUUUGCAAAUCACUGGAUGUUUAGGAAAUGGUUGUGCCGCCACUCAUGGUCGGUUUGAACAAAUUACCUAUCAAGUCGAUGGGCACGAGAAUUGUAACUCGGAGAGCUUAAAUAACUCGGAGGGCUUAAGUAACUCGACUUUUACCAUGCCCGAAAAUGAAUCUCGAUACCCCAAAAUAUGGGAUCGUCACGAAAGCUUCAAGUGUAUUACAAUGGGAUCGGAAGAGAGACAUUCUGACGAUUAUCUCGAAGAGUGGAUCCAUCAAAAUCCAGUGGGGAGAAAUUUGAUCAAAACCCGCACUAGAAUUCGUUCGUUUUCUUGCGACUUAUCUCAUGAUAAUGAGGACAAAACGAGGUUAGAACCGAUGCAACUGAAUAACCGAGGAUUGAGAGUGAUACAGAAAUGUCCCAAGCCUCGGCCUUCGGAAACUAAACAGAUUCCCGAGAAACUAUCGAAUUUGAACGGAAAAUUUACUUCUUCAAUUGGAUCUCGGAGUUUGAAAGAAAUGUCGGGUGCAAAGAAGGGCAUUUCUUGUGGUUCUCUUCUUCCGAAUACUCAUCACAGGACAACAUCUUUGCCAGUUGCUACAUUUGACAUGUGAUCGGUGGAUUCCAAACAUGGCUUUCAAUUUUGCUUGCUUUUUUAGAACCUUGAAGCCAGCAGCAUCUUUAAACAUGUGAGAAAAUAUGAACACAUUGGUGAUCAUCAUUGUAGAGAUAGAGAGAUACUUUAUUUAAGGGAUUUCAGGGUUCUUUGAAUUUGAGUUCAUGUACAUUGAUUGACAUUAAAAUUAUAAUAAUAAUUCUCAUUUUUAUUUUAGAUGAA